AUGCGGUUUUCUCCUGCUGUCUUGGUUAUUGUGGUAUCGCUGGUGUUUGUUAACUGGAGCACCGCCACGGCGCUUUGCCCAUCCAAUGGCAAUACGCACGUCAUCUACGUGACCUCCAACAUGGGUGACAAUAUCUGGGCCUUUGACACUGCGGGUCACUACAUUGGCCUUGUACUAAACAAGAGUUCUUUUCCUUUUCGCGUUGAGAAGCUUCGGGACAUGAAGUUUGGUCCUGGGAAUCAUCUCUACGUUACUAGUGCACGCGGAACGUACAGCCGUGUCUUUGCCGUGUCCGGAAAUGGUCUGCUUAACCGCACGCUUAAUGAGUGGUGCACUCGGAACUAUCUCUUUACCGUCACUACACAAAGCAGCAAGAACCCGUUUCUGGAUCAUCCGUACGCGGUGGCAUUCCACCCAUUGGACGGCUCUCUCUUUGUGUCUAACCAAAACUCUGUCACGGUUACAAAGUACAAACGGGUUGACUCGGAGAAAGGUAUGUUUCCGCGAUGGGAGCCGGUCCGCAACGUGGCGCAUGCUCUCUCCAAUGUAUCGGAGCUAGACAGCGUUCCAGCGAAUGCCGGACUGUUUGCAUCCUCAUGGAGCAAUGAGUAUUCGAUGCUCUCCGUGCGCGGGUUGGCCUUAUCACCGCCGCUUCCACGUGCCCUUAUAGAGCAGGCCGCUCCGGCCGGAUAUUACUCGACGGUAAGAGGACUCGCCUAUUACGUUGUAGUGUGUGACAUCGCGGCUGACCGCCUCCACGUCUUUCUUGCGCAAACGGGUGAGCAUCUUUUUUCCAUACCUGUUUCAUCACCCGUGCAGGUUCUUUUCCCUUCGCGUUAUGAGAAGCCCAUCAAGACGCCCACAUCGUACUUUGAAAUCCCAUACGUUUAUGUGACGAGUAAAGAAGAUGGCUCAGCGUUCCUCGUUCCGUUGGUUGCCCCACCUCGCUCUGCCGACAUGACCCAUCUCAUCAACCCCCAGGAACGGGCGAGGACAUACCGCAUCACAAAGCAGGUUCCACACCGCUCCUUAAGUGGCAUCUAUGAGAACCCGUCACACGAGAUGCUGCUAAUAGCGGAUCGUAUAGGUCGAAGGAUCUCAACGUAUGCCUCACCGUUUUUGAUAAACAAAAAAGAAGCUGAGCCGUCCCCCUUUCUUGGGCAUUUCACUUCCCAACUUCCAGACCAGCCGGAGUUCAUCCUGUCGACUAUGGUGGAGCAACAAAGUUCGAUACCCUUCUGUUAUGAGCUUAGUGAAGACGGUUCCUUUCGUUACGUCGCCUUAUGCACAGCGGGGUACAUGUGGGCAUUGGGAAUACUCUUUAGCUUUCUCGUCGCCGUCAUCUUUUGUGUCUUGCGUAAGGUGCGUCGCUGCCAGGAGUGGAGUAGCAAAUACGGAAAGGAGGCAGUGCAAAUUCCAACUAACACCACUGCAGAAGAAGCACCGUUGGUGGAUGAAAAGCAUGUGGAGGGCUACGGCACAGCCAAUUGA